AUGCCUUCCAGCACACAGGCCAGUGGAGGAGCAGUCAGUCAACUACCAAUACCGGAACGAAAGCCGGACUACUUCAUCGGUACUACCGGACGGCCCAUUUUAACAUCCCAUUUCACUGCGAUGCAUCGAACCGAUCGUUUAAACGAGAGCAAAUCGGACAAUGUAGUUACAAAUAGCAAGCUCAACAAAUGCUUACACAAUCUCAAGGUACGGAAUGGUGGAGGAGGAGGAGGAGGAGCAAUUCCCAUCGGUAAUAGCGAUCGUCACGGAUCCAUCGUCACCAGCAGCAGGAGAGUUAGCAAUAAAAACGAAAAUGAUAUAACAACGAUACCCAAGUACAGCACCACCGGAGGUCGCUGUAGUGUAGCGCUCCCACACAUUUCAGGAUCAACUCGUGCGAGUGAUGCCGGUCGGUACUCAAUUGGACCAGCCAGCGGGUGGUGUUCCAUAGCUAACGCUCAUCAAAAAUCCGGUUCGUACUGUGGGUCGCCGACUGAUCGAAGUCGAUCAUCUACGUCACCGACUUCUGCGCGGUUGCUUGCCGCUCGGAGCAGUAUGCAGCAGUACCGGCCAAAUACCACCAGCACAAAACGGUCCAGUAGGGGAUCUCCAGAAGUCGCCGACAGUUCGCUCGUUCUACAACAACCGUGCAGAUAUUCCAAUCAUUACAAAUUGCUCGACAAUCGGUUAACAAAUCAGCGAAGCUACGAUCGGAACAUCUUUGGGUACGAUCAGCGCAUGGAUCAGUUCGUACUGCCACCAUUGCAAAUUUAA